GGGGCGGUGGCUGAGUUCAGAGUCCCGGGCGGCCAGGCUGCGGGGGAAUGAAGCCUCCGCCUUCCCCGGCAGAAGCAUUUAAAUACGGCCGCGGGCCCUGGAUUCGGGCAGCGGCGGGCGGAGAGUGUGGAGGCUACGGCUUGUAAGUAAGGCUCUGUCCGAGCGAACGGGAUCCGAGUGGCCACCGUGCUCCGGCCUUGGAAGUGGUUGAGCCAUGGUCGAAAUCAAGAAGAUCUGCUGCAUCGGUGCGGGCUAUGUCGGUGGCCCCACGUGCAGUGUCAUUGCCCAUAUGUGCCCUGAGAUCAGGGUAACGGUUGUCGACGUCAACGAAUCGCGAAUCAACGCAUGGAAUUCCCCGACCCUUCCUAUUUAUGAGCCUGGAUUAAAAGAAGUAGUAGAAUCCUGUCGAGGGAAAAAUCUAUUUUUUUCUACCAAUAUUGAUGAUGCCAUCAGAGAAGCUGAUCUAGUGUUUAUUUCUGUGAACACACCCACCAAAACCUAUGGAAUGGGGAAAGGCCGGGCGGCAGAUCUGAAGUAUAUUGAAGCUUGUGCUCGACGCAUCGUGCAGAACUCAAAUGGGUACAAAAUCGUGACAGAGAAAAGCACAGUCCCCGUGCGGGCAGCGGAAAGCAUCCGCCGUAUAUUUGAUGCCAACACAAAGCCCAACUUGAAUUUACAGGUGCUGUCCAAUCCCGAGUUCUUGGCAGAGGGGACAGCCAUCAAGGACCUAAAGAACCCAGACAGAGUCCUGAUUGGAGGGGAUGAGACCCCAGAGGGCCAGAAAGCUGUCCUGGCGCUCUGUGCUGUGUAUGAGCACUGGGUGCCCAAGGAAAAGAUCCUCACCACCAACACUUGGUCUUCAGAGCUUUCCAAACUGGCAGCAAAUGCUUUCCUUGCACAGAGGAUCAGCAGCAUUAACUCCAUCAGUGCUCUGUGUGAAGCGACGGGGGCUGAUGUGGAAGAGGUGGCCACAGCUAUUGGGAUGGACCAAAGGAUUGGAAAUAAGUUCCUAAAAGCCAGCGUCGGUAAGUACAGUUUUCUCUAUGUUACACAGGUUACUAAUGCUUCCAGCUUUAUAGAAGAGUUGUGUUUUCUUUGUAAUUUAAUAUCCUUAAAAAAAAAAAAAGAUUUUAAGUCAGGCACUGGUGGUUUAUGCUUUCAGGUCAUAGACAUGAAUGACUACCAGAGGAGGAGGUUUGCCUCGAGGAUCAUAGACAGCUUGUUUAAUACAGUAACUGAUAAGAAGAUAGCCAUCUUGGGGUUUGCAUUCAAAAAGGACACUGGCGAUACCAGAGAGUCCUCCAGUAUCUACAUUAGCAAGUAUCUGAUGGACGAAGGCGCACACCUCCAUAUAUACGACCCCAAAGUCCCCAGGGAACAGAUCGUCGUGGAUCUGUCUCAUCCAGGCGUGUCGGCGGAUGACCAAGUGUCCAGACUGGUGACCAUUUCCAAGGAUCCAUAUGAAGCGUGUGACGGUGCCCACGCCCUUGUUAUCUGCACCGAAUGGGACAUGUUUAAGGAACUGGAUUAUGAACGGAUUCACAAAAAAAUGCUGAAACCAGCUUUUAUCUUUGAUGGGCGACGUGUCCUGGAUGGGCUUCACAAUGAGCUGCAGACCAUUGGCUUCCAGAUUGAAACAAUUGGCAAAAAGGUGUCUUCCAAGAGAAUUCCAUACACUCCUGGUGAAAUUCCGAAGUUUAGUCUUCAGGAUCCACCUAACAAGAAACCAAAAGUCUAGAUACUGCCAUUUUCUGUGAUUAUUUUGGUACUUCAGGAUAGCCGGUGUCUGUCUGAUAUUAAAUGGGAAAUGAACUACAUGUUUUUAAGGAAAUAAAAAUAUUUUUUUAAUCAUCAAAUUUAUACUAGCUAUAUGGGUGUUAGCAUAUCUAGGAAUUAUGAGUCUAGAAUAAUUUUUACAUAUUUUUAUAUUAUUGUCCUCUCAGUUAUUGGAUGGAAAACAAUCAUGUUAGUUUAAAUGUGGUCAAUUUUUGUAAAGUAGAAACUUUGAACUCUUUCUAGCAUCACAGACUGUCCACAGACUGACUUGAAUACCAGGGAAAGGAGGUCUCGUUUUCCUGGGCUUAUCACUCAGUGGGGUUUUGAAGCCAUGAAAUCACUGUGCUACCAUGUUUGGGCUGGUCGAGGUUCUCUGUCCUUAUUGUUUUAAUGUGAUAUGUCAUUAGUGGUUUUAAUUGUUUUUGUUUUCCCCAAAUGAUCACUCUGCAAUCCCUUCCCUGUUUAACAUGAAUAAUACUUUCUUUUUGAAAGAGUUUAACCCGAGGAGAAAAAUCAGUAUUGUGGUCUGUGUUGUCCUUAGCUUCCGCCACUGACUGUUGCUUUUGCAGCCAGAGUCAGAAAGUGUUUGUUACCCUUCUUUUGAUUGUUUCUUCUACAAUUCUAAGUGCUUCCUUUAACAAAGAAAACCAAUAAAAUCUCAUGUGUAAACUAAAAGA